GCCACUGUUUGAGCCGCUGACCUGACUGACCACAGAUGAUAGGAGCUCAUUAUAACACCAUUAAGGACUUAAAUAAUACUAGUGUGCAGGUGAAUAAUUUACUGCGACACCGUUGCUCUAACUUGUUAAAGUGCAUCAGUGGUUGUCUGUGCGGUCAGUCGUGAUGACAGUGUGGAGGAGCAGCUCUGCCACUUUGAUGUGUUGUCUCGGACUGUCUUUACUCCUCGUCGGUCCGUGCCAGGCGGACUGUCGGGAAACAGGCCUGUGUUGCUCCGGUCGCGACCCGUCAUGCAUCAGCGAGGGUUGGAGAUCUGACCGAUCAUAUGGCACCUGCUACUGCGACCAAGCGUGCGUCUCCACCCUGGACUGCUGCCAUGACUACGAGACAGCCUGCCCAGCGGUGUCCUGUGUGGUGAGUGAGUGGAUGCAGUGGUCAGGCUGUGCCGAGCCAUGCAGGGCCACAGUUCGCAGGCGGAGCAGGAUCAUCCUGCAGGAGCCGAUCAAUUCAGGGAAACCCUGUCCACAUCUGGAGGAGCACGCUGGCUGUGCAGAGUACUGGUCGAAGCAAGGGCACUGUCACAACUCACUUGUCCCAGCUCUAAUAACCACAGGUGGCUAUGGCAACGCCAGGAAGAAAAGAGACAUCCCUGACAGUGACAACAUUAUAGGGUAUUGUGUCCAGUUUCAGUUGACCUCUCUGACAAAGGGGUGCCAGCAGAGUGCAGGCCCACACACCCAGUGGAUGCAGUACCUGAGGGAGGGCCACCAUGUGUGUGUGGAGUGCCAGCCGCCGGCACUUGCUGCUGGACAGAGACACUGUGCCGGAGACGGAGAGGAAAAUGUUGAGGACAGAAGACAGUCUCUCCAGUGGCAGGCGGUGGGAAACCCUCGAUGCAGGGGUGUGUGGAGACGUGUUGGGAGGCUGGAGGCCUGCUCCUGCCCAACAGCCCACAGCUUCCUCUUCAUCUGACCUCCUCCUUCCUUCUGUUAGCCCCCCAUCAACCUCCUGUACAUAUUUACCAAGAACAAUCUUCCAGUCGUCAAGAGUGCUGGUCAGUGGUCAGUUUUGCCUUUUUACUAUGACCAAAUGUAACCUGUGACUCCAUAUAACUACAACUGCAUGUUAAUGUAAAAUAUACUUAUUUCUUAGUCAGAAUAUAAUAAAUCUUCUACACCUUUCUCCACAAAACAAGCUUUAAUAGUACACAUUCCUAUCUACUUUGGUUUGCAAUUCCAAAACGUGAAAAUGAAAGUCAGCAAUUCCUAAUCAAAAUGUAAAGUGAUCUGAUUUAUUUCGUUUUGAGUCAUCAAAGGGAAAUGUUGCUUUUCUUAAGAAAUAGAAAUAUCUUAGGACAUUGAGACACUUUUUGUUUUUACAUGACAAGUACUGGCUCUGUGUGAAUCACAACCAGUCACAACGCCAAAGUUACAACAUGCACUGAACAAUAGAACAUUUAUACAGAAACAACAGCAUAGAAAGUCAACAGGUAAAAAUGUUUUUUUGUUUUUUUUU